CGCCGUGAUGUCUCGCCCCCGCGGAAAGAUUCUUCCGGCUCUGAUUCAUGAUUCUGCACUGUGGAUUCGCCACGUCUGGGAGCUAUGGCCAGUAGCGAUGGGAAGCUGCCCGCGCGUUGCUUGAACGUUCAAUGUACAAUGUUGUCCGCUUGCCACCCAUUGGUUGUCUUAUCUGGGGAGAUUCCGUGGAGUCGCGAUCACGGCAUUGCAUCCGAUGGCGCAGAAGAUAUCGGACGGAAACCCUUUCCCUCGGACGCUGCUGUUCGGGAAAAAGGAACUCACGCCCUAACUGAUGUGCAUGUGGGAUGUGAUGUGCGGAUGCAGGUAGCAAACAAUUCAGCAUAUGAUGCAACGAACGCUUGGACUUGAGGUUGUUUGCCUAAAUGCACAUCCAGGGUUCUUUUCAAGGGUCUCUUGACCCGUGGAACAAAGGCAAGGGUGAUGUCGCCGAACAGGAAAACUUUCCCGGGGCUCUUUCAAGUGCUACCACGUUAUCAGAUCGGAUUUUUCUAUUUGACAUCUAGAAAAAAACCAGUGCAGGCGAGCUAAGUCUAUUCAG